AUGGGCCGUGGUCACUAUACUAAGUGUGCUCGUAAGGACGAGACCACUCAGCCUACUUCAGCAACAGUCAAGACCCCGAAACAUACUGCCACGAUGCAUGAUGCUCCCCAUAAUGAGGCCCAGCUGCCUCGCCCUGUUGCUCAGGCUUCUGUUACCGAUGCGAAUCAAGCCUUGAACAACCCGGACAACGAGCUCGCCGCCUCUGAGUAUAAUCUCCUGGACCUCCUCGGCGACAAGAUCAAUGCUCUUGGCAGCUUCUUGCUCGACAUGAGGGACAGCACCACCGAGAGCAACACCCUCGAUCGCAUCAACGACGCUGCCGCCGACUUGGCCAACACCCUCCGCGGCCUCUGGGUAGGUCAGGAGACAACCAUCAAUGAUGGCCCACAAACACAAGCCAACCUCCUUCACGACCUCACCAAGCUCCUCUUUCCCCAACCCUCCCCAUCAACAGAAACUAUAACCAACGCCCAAAUCAUGGCCAAGCUCGACGAGAUCACCAACCGGCUUGCUGGCAUGGAGGCUUGA